AUGAGAUCGACGAGCGUAACAUCGCUACUGCGAACCAGCCUCAGUGCUGCCUCUUGCUCCACAAGCAGCGGUAGAAGUGCCCUGACACGAAGCAUCAGCACCUCGACCACGCGACGAUCGGAGAAUACCACCGCAUCCUCGGCGCUGGACGAACUGUCCUCUUCUAUCGAAAAGCUCGCACGAACCCGCGCUGCCGCUGCUGCUGCCGCCUCUUCCUCCGGCACCUCUGCAUCCGGGGCAGUCCACACCCCGCGCUCCCCCACCAAGGAACGUCAGACCGUCUCCGGUCGUGCCUUCAUGAACGGACACUACUACAACCCGUCCACUCUCACCUACGACUCGAUCACCCAACGUCCCGCGCGUCUCGCCCGCCCUCUACUCGGUCCGUCGAAGAAAGAAGCGGUGAAGAACGAUCUCAUCCACAUCAACAACCUCAACCCUGCCAAACCGUCCCUCCACGACGACUCGUACAAAAAUGCAGCGAUCCUCGCGAAUUAUGUGACCGAGAUGGGGAAGAUCAUGCCGAGAAGCAGCACGGGGCUGACGAGGAAGAGCCAGAGAAGCGUAGGGAAGGCCGUGAGGAGGGCGAGGAGUAUGGGGUUGUUGCCGGUCAUGAGCCGCGGAGGGACGAGGGUUAGCGGUGCUGGAUGGAAGUGA